AUGAUUGGCAGCAACGGAAGCAGCAUUGGCAGUCCGGAAAUGCCGACGAUUGCAUCGAACGGUGUAAAACCGUUCAUCAUAAGUAACGGCCGCACCGGUGGGAAAGGAGUUUCCGUUGGAGUUACCCGAGGUACUAUCAGCGUUAACAACGGCGGCGAUGGUAGUGCGACAACGGUGGCGGCUGUUGUCGCAGCGGAAGCGGCAGUAGAUCGACGAUCAACCAUACCUAGCGUGGUUUCUUCGAAAGAGAUGACUGUAUCGCCUAGCUCCUCCUCGAAGAUACAUCGAAAAGUGCUCCGAUUUCCGUCAAAGCGGUACCCGGGGAAGGUGUUACCGGGCAAGUUGGCCUCGGCCAGUAACAAGUUCACGGCGGUCUCUAAUCGUGCCAAUCAGCUAUCGCGUAAACAGACGCUAAGCGUGAGGACUCCACCAUCAGUCAACUGUGAUACAAAGCCAAACGGAACCCUUAUGCCGGCGUUCGAUCAUCCGGUUCCAGGUGGUACUGUCAACAACAGCGCCAAGCGUCAUUCACAUCAUCAGCACCGAAACGGUGUGUACAAUCAUUCACAUCUCACAGCAGUCCAAAGAAGAUCGUAUGGUGAAGGGGGACUUGUUGUGUCGCCCACUCCACCCACUCACCAUGCGCAUCAAGGAAACGGCGACACCUUGCCGAAUGAUUGUAGCUCAAUGUUGUCGUCAGUGUCUUCAAGUCCUCGCUCAUCUCUAGUCGCCACAGUAACACUGCCUACAACGGGCUCCUCUCCGGUGAGUGACUUGUCUGCAGCUUCAUCCGUAUCCUCUGUCGCCUCAGUGGCUCCCUCAGCCGUCGUUCCGCCUACCAUUAUCGCCAAUAGCAACUCCUCCUCUAGCUCCGGCAAUAAUAGCAGCAGUAGUUCUUCCAAUGCAUCCAGCGUCACCCAUCAGUCCACUACUAUCUCUCCAGUAUCUUCAUCGCCACCAGCAGUGUUGUCCACCGCCGCUGGAAUCACUUCCUUAACAGGCACUUCCAACCGGGAUGGCAAGGUGCAGCUCCAGAUUGUAACCCAACCAGAGCAGCAGCACCGAGCUCGCUAUCAAACCGAAGGUUCCCGCGGUGCCGUAAAGGACCGCAGCGGUAACGGAUUUCCGGUGGUGAGGCUAGUCGGCUACAAUAAGCCCACGGUCCUUCAAGUGUUCAUCGGGACCGAUGUAGGUCGGCCGUCACCGCAUAUAUUUUAUCAAGCAUGCCGGGUCGCGGGCAAAAAUUCCACAGCGUGCAUCGAACGCAAGCUCGAUGGGACGACUGUUAUCGAACUGCAACUGAAGCCAGAAAAUGGCAUGUCGGUCACGUGCGAUUGCGUCGGCAUCCUCAAGGAACGUAACGUCGAUGUUGAGCAUCGCUUUCCCGACCAGAUCACGUCGCGCACAAAGAAAAAGUCCACUCGUUGCCGGAUGGUGUUUCGAACCGUGCUGAAUACUGACGAUGGCCGCAGUGAGAUACUCCAGGUCGCCUCUCAGCCCAUUGUUUGCACACAACCUCCAGGCGUACCUGAGAUCUGUAAAAGAUCCUUUACCAACAGUACGGUUACGGGUGGUGAAGAGCUGUACAUUCUUGGAAAAAACUUCCUCAAAGAUACACGCGUCGUGUUUCAACGACGUAAAGCGCUCGGAGUUACUCCAUGGGAACAAUCAAUUGUACCGAACAAGGAAUAUAUGCAACCCGCCCAUUUGAUUUGCGUAGUACCACCCUACGAUCAGCAAGAAAUCUUGGAACCAGCUUUGGUGAAGAUGUACAUCGUGUCGGGCGGCAGGAAAAGCGAGGUGCACGAUUUCGUUUACCUCCCGAAGGGAAUGUGCGCGUGCAACAUACGCCAGCAGCACCGCGGUGGCGUUUUGUCCUUGGCGAAACUCCAACAACCCCAUCAACAGCAGCACGAACAACAGCAACAAAAUCAACAUAACUAUUUUAGCAUGCUAGCAGCUGCUGUCGUCGCUGCUGGUGGCGGUGGGUCUCUCCCUGAUUGUACUGCAACCACCAACAUCAUCAAUACAGGACCUACCACGAAUCGUCAUUUUGCCCUCAAUAGCAACGAAGUUAAGUACGAGGAGGAAAGUAACCAUGAGCUGCAAGCAAUGUAUAUGCGUAAUACAUCGACAUCAAUGUUCAUUGAGGAAGGUAUGAUGCCACCACCGAUAAACAUUCUACCCACCGUAGCGCCUGUUGUCGGGGCCGGUUUAAGACGGCCUUCAUUGGUAAUUGAUCAGCAACAACAGCAACAGCAAAUGUCCUCCUUCACAGGCGCCUCAUCGCAGAGUUUUAAGCCGGAACUACUAGACGAGUGCAGUCAAGGUUCGCUCGAAGACGAUUCACUAGAUCAGUUUCCCGGCUCAGCCGACAACUCACAUGAUGAUCUGGCUGUUGGUAGUCAAUUGAGUACGAUCCUUUAUCGGCGGCGUAGUGUUAGACAGCCGAGCAUGGAUAUUACUGAGGACAGUUCCUCAAAUAUAUCACUCUUGACCC